AUGGCCGACAUUUUGACCCAACUCCAAACAUGCCUUGACCAGCUCGCAACCCAAUUCUACGCCACAAUCGGCUACCUAACAACCUACCACGACAACUCCCCCGCGAUCCCACCCCCAACCCCCACAUCCGCGCCCGCCCUAGCAAAGAUCCAAAAGAACUCUACAAACCCGCCUAUCCCCGCCAGCGCAGCCGCAAUCCUCUCGCAAGCUUCGCCGUCCGCUGCCGCAGGCGCAGUAACACCGGGUCCACCUGCCCCGGGCGCUGCAGCAGGAGCUGGAGGAGACGAAGCAGGGGCAACAGCCGGAAUCGAAGAAGGCCUCCCGCCGCGCCCGGACUCCCCGCGCACGUUCGCGGCGCGACAGCGCGAAUUAGCGCGUGACCUGGUCAUCAAGGAGCAGCAGAUCGAGUAUUUAAUUUCGGUGCUGCCUGGGAUCGGGUCUUCGGAGCAGGAGCAGGAGAGGCGCAUAAGAGAGUUGGAAGGGGAGUUAAGGGAGGUUGAGGAGGAGAGGGAGAGGAAGGUUAGAGAGUUGAGGGUGCUUAGGAGGAGAGUUGAGGGGGUUUUGGGGGCUGUCGAGUGCGGAAUUUAUGGAGGACGAUAA